GGCAGCGCGAUGGCUGGGUUCCCCGGACUCGAGCGGAAGUUCCGGCGGGGGCGUCCGAGGGGGAAGAGUGUGUGUCUGUGCGGGAGAGAGAGGAGAGUCGCCCGAGCGGUCUUGAAAGCCCCAGGGAGCGGAGGCCCCAGCCGUGGAGCCCUGUAGUGUAUGUGUGGUAACACCAUGUCUGUGCCCCUGCUCACCGAUGCUGCCACUGUGUCUGGAGCUGAGCGGGAGACGGCUGCGGUUAUUUUUUUACAUGGACUUGGAGACACAGGGCACAGCUGGGCUGACGCCCUCUCCACCAUCCGGCUCCCUCACGUCAAGUACAUCUGUCCCCAUGCGCCUAGGAUCCCUGUGACACUCAACAUGAAGAUGGUGAUGCCCUCCUGGUUUGACCUGAUGGGGCUGAGUCCAGAUGCCCCAGAGGACGAGGCUGGCAUCAAGAAGGCAGCAGAGAACAUCAGGGCCUUGAUUGAGCACGAGAUGAAGAAUGGGAUCCCUGCCAAUCGAAUCGUCCUGGGAGGCUUUUCACAGGGUGGGGCCUUGUCCCUCUACACGGCCCUUACCUGCCCCCACCCUCUGGCUGGCAUAGUGGCAUUGAGCUGUUGGCUGCCUCUGCACCGGGCCUUCCCCCAGGCAGCCAAUGGCAGUGCCAAGGACCUGGCCAUCCUUCAGUGCCACGGGGAGCUGGACCCCAUGGUGCCCGUACGGUUUGGGGCCCUGACGGCUGAGAAGCUCCGGUCUGUUGUCACACCUGCCAGGGUCCAGUUCAAGACAUACCCAGGUGUCAUGCACAGCUCCUGUCCUCAGGAGAUGGCAGCCGUGAAGGAAUUUCUUGAGAAGCUGCUGCCUCCUGUCUAACCAGAGCCGCUGGUCCCCAGCACAGUCCCCCAGCUCAUGGGGGACCCAGAAAGCAACUGCGGCACCAUCUUGGAUCUGAGCCGGUCGAGCCUGUCCCCACCCUCCCCACCCCAUCCUCAUCCCACAGGCCUCUGGGGCAGGUGGGGAGGCCUGGCCAGGCCUUCCUUCCUGGCCUCAGCCACCUGGCUCUGUCUGCAGCAGGCAGUGGGUUGCUUUCUUCUCCCAUUUCCCUGGAGGUGGGCACCCCUGGCAGCAGUAUUGGAGGGGCUGUAGGCAGCGGGAGAAAGGGGCCCAGCCGCUGACCCACUCACUCAGGACCUCACUCGCUAGCCCCGCUUUGGGCCCCCUCCUGUGACCUCAGGGUUUGGCCCAUGGGGCCCUCCCAGGCCCCCACCCCAACUGAUUCUGCCCAGAUAAUCGUGUGUCUCUCCUGCCUCCACUCCAGCUGCUUCUCAAUCAUGAAUGUGUCCAUGGCCCCGGGGCCCCCUGCUGCUGUGGGCCACCUGCCCCCAGGCAGGAGUGUUGGUGAGGAGGGGGCCUUCCCUCAGCUGUUCCCCAACUCGGGGGACUAGGCCCUGCCUCCCCGUUACUUCCUCCCCUGCAGGCCUGGAGUCUGCAGGGCUGGGCUGAGGCUCAAGGUCUCCCCUAGCUGUCUCACCCCACAUUGUCCCCAGUCUAGGGCCAGGGAGGCAGUGGGAGAGUUGUGUCUUGUCUUCUGUCUCCAUGUGGUUUUCAGUGUUUUUCUUGUGUCUUGGAUUCCGAUAAAAUUAAAGAAAUUGCUUCUUCAA